UAGUUUUCUGUGUGUGUUUUCUGUAUUAAAUUAAAUUCCUAGAAUUUUGAAUCUUUAACUAAACUUAACUAAAAUAAUUAAGAAACAAGUCAAUUAAUUACCUCAAAAAAAGAAGACACUUAAAAACGCAACUAACAUCUAUCAAUUAGUAUUAUCUACCAACAAAAAACAAAUAAAUAAAUAAUUAAAUAAAUAAAUUAUAAUAAAUAACGAGCACCCAACAAAAAGCAAAAAAAAACCAAAACAAAAAAACCAUUUCAAAUCGCCCUUUUCAGAUGUACGGUAACUAUGCGCCAGCUGGAAGCCCACCGUUGCCAGAUAUUAUAGGACAGUAUUAUUCUCCGGGAUACGGCGGCCCUGGGCCAUAUGAUUUGUAUGGAGGACCUUCGACAUCGGCUGGCUACUUGUAUGAUCCUGCGGCUGUGGCCGCCGGUUAUUAUGGUCAAACCUCGCCCAUACGUAGGCGCCGUUAUAGCAUUGCUGGCCUGCCGUCGGCCUCAAUGAUGAACGAUUAUUAUGGUUACCAGCCGGUGGGUCCACAGCCUUUGCAUCAGUCUUCCUCUUCGAAUAUUAUUAAUUUGCUCAACGAGGCUCACAAGUCGAUAUCGCGCUCCUCCCAAAUACUCGGCCAUCACGCACGUCUGGCUCAGGCCCAACAGGCUGCCGCCCAAACCGUCACACCCCUAACGCACUAUCCCGGUCGUGUCAUAUCUAGUUAUCCCACUCUGCAUCCGGGUGACACCUCGCCGCCCUAUCUGAACGAUAAUCUUAUGCAAAUGUCCGCGAGUUUUUCGUCGCAGCCGAACAUGUACUUCCAGCAAUACACACAACCACCUCAGGCGGCACCCGGCCAACUGGGCAUGGGCGGUAUGGUUGGUGGAACGCGUUUAAGACCCGCGUACUCGGUAUCGAAUCUAAACUAUCUCAAUUAUCCCAGUGGUGUGGGGGUGGGGGUAGGUGGCGUCGGCUUGGGCGGCAGUAAAUAUGCGACGACAGCAGGUGGUGUGGCCGGCAGUAGUUAUAUAAACCCGUACUCUCAAACCCUAUACAAUCCAUCGGAUGUGAAUGCCUACAAUGUCAAUAAUAUUAUGCAACAGCGCAACUUAAUGUCAUCAUUACACGCCUCGAAUCCCGCCAUAUCGCAACUCUAUCAACAGCAUCAGCAUUUGCCAUCACAGCAGCAACAACAUCAGCAGCAGCAGCAACAAUACAAUACGCACCAGCAAAUGCUGGCCCAUAAUAUACAACAGCAAUUCGCUGGCACCCAACAUUAUGCUCACCAAAUACCGCCCAGCACACAUCCCUCAGCUCAUAUACAUGCCUCGGUACAGCAGCAGCUGAAUCCGGAUCAUCAAUUUCACAUACACCAGCAUCAGAACCACUUGCAAACACAUCCGCUGGCCGCUCUGGCCAGCACGACGGCACCCUUCCCGGCCACCCUGACGAGCAGCGCUCUGCACGAUGUGCGCAGCGCCAUGGGUGGUGGAGGCGGUGGGCUUGGUGUUGGUCUCGGUAGCAGUGGUUUGUCUGGUUCCGGCGGUGCUGCAUACGAUCACUUACUACACUCCUCAUAUCCGCACCAUCAUCUGCAACACACUCACUCGCACAUGCAGCAUCCGUUGUCGGCAACAACUUCAUUAGGACACUCAUACUCUCAUCAUCCGCAUCAUAUGUCACCAUAUUCGAAAAUAGAUUUAGAUUAUCCAAAACUGCCACAAGAGCAAAAACGACAAGUAAGUUUUAAAUUUGACGUAGAUACGCUAUCUCUAGAUUCUUAAGUCCAAAAGCUAAUUAAAAAUUUAAUCAAUUUCUAAGAAAUAUAAACUAAAAAAGAAAAUUAAUAAGUACGCUGCAACAAUAAAGCAU